AUGCAGCUGCCAACGAUUCUCUGGGCAAUAUUUUCAUUGGGGUUAACAGCAGCGCGCUUUACAUCUCUUGGAAUAAAGGAGAUGUUUCUUCCCCAUUGCGAAAGUGAGUUGGUUUUCGCCACAGGCCGCACCGAAAAGUGCUACAUGCGAAAGCUCGAAAUCGAUAUGCCAACGGACGAAAAAAAAGUCUACGUCAAGUGCGUGCUGGAGUCGUUUCAGUACUUGACCGGUAAGGAUAAAUUUGACGGACAGGCCCUGCUCAAAGACUAUCAUCAGGUGGGAAUAAAAGACAGAGACAAACCUGUGCUGGAAUCGUACCAAAACUGUAUGAAAAAUUACGGUUUCCCAAAAAGUCCAAUUAAAAUGCUGGAUUGUAUUACCAAAGAUAAAGACUUCUCAAGGGUUAUCAACGCUAAGCGUGAGAAAAACAAGCACUGGCAAGCAGGUUGGUUGGAAGCAUGUUGUUGAUUUUUUAGUUUGUUUCGUCGUAGUAUGAAUAAAAACUAUUAAUUCAAAAGCAGCUCAGUUCUUAAUUUA